UUACUUUUCGAUUCGAUCUGCCAAGUGCGAGCUUCGCAGUAGAACUCUCGUCGCUGCUCCCAACUCAACCCGCAAUCCAAACAGACAUGCUUCGUCUUCUCGCCGGUACUGCCGCCGUCACUGUCGUGGCUGCAACGGACGCAGGCUACGCGCCCCCAGCCAAGAGCGGCUACGGCGGUGGCAACACUGGCUACGCGCCCCAAGCCAAGAGUGGCUACGGCGGCAACAACUACGCUCCCCAAGGCAAGGGCGGCUACGGUGGCGGCAAAUCUGUCUACGCUCCCAAAGGCAAGGGUGGUGACGACUACGCUCCCAAAGGCAAGGGCUACAACCGGAAGACAGUGACGUUUCCGCCGGCGUACGCCAUCAUCGACCCCGACUACUACAGCACCAUCUUCACGGGGUACCAAAACUGUGUCGCGGCCAAGUGCGACGUGCUUUCGAGCGACUACAGCGCGACGGGCAUUAACGACAACAUCUCGACGAUCGCGGGCUACACGUCGUGCGUCACGGCGUGUGCGGCCGGCCAAGCGCUCGAGACCGUCGAGGACUUCCGGACGCUGCUCGAGAGCGUGAUCGAGAUCGGGAACGACCAGCUGCGCCAGGCGCGCGUGUACCUCUCGGGCCUUGGCGAACUCGACGUGAUUGCCGAGCGCGUUCACAUUGGCGAGUCGUGCUGCCUCCCCAACAGCUACUUUGCGUCGUGGGAGCGCAUCAUGAUUCCGGUUGAAACGAAACUGAAGCGGUCGCCCAACGACCACGGCAACGCUUACCAUCCUCGAUACCCGACGAAGAACGAGGUUCCGCCCCCCGAGGACAGCAGCGCGGAGACCACGCCUUAUAUGAUGUCGGCGGCCGACUACAUCAGCCACUGCACGUCGGUAGAGAAACCGAUGGAGUGGCUCGCCGAUACCGUCUGCGAUGACACGAACAAGAUUGAAUACUUGCAGACGCUUCAGCGCAACCUUGGGCAUCUGAUUCUUGCGCCGUCGUGCGUCACGGACGCCCCUGAUGGCGCGUGCUGCGAGGACGCCCACCCGAACCCGCGCGCGGUGAGCUUCCGCAGUGACGUCUGCGUCGCGACGACAUACGAAGUCAACGGCAAGACCAAGACGCUCACGACGCCGCUCAUCAAGCCCACGGCGACCCAUAAGAAGAGAGGCCAACGCUACGACCCGUGCCCGUGCGACGAAAUCGAAGGGGCUGAUGAGACGCCCAAGCGCAUCCGCUACGACUUCGUGAGCGCCCGCGACUUGCUCUACUACUCGGUGACCGAAGGGCUGCCGUCGAGCCACACGGUCGUCUCGUCAGAAGCGCCCUCGACGUGCGAAUACAAGGUCGGCUUGGCGAAGGAGACACCCGACGGCUUCUUUACGGACUUGUCCGAAGAAGACGUCCCGAUCGACGAAGUGACCAUCAAGGCUGCGCGCCACUGCCCGACGGACGGUCUUCUCGAGUACUGCAACGUCGACCAGUACGCGUCGUACCUUGAGUACCAGCUCUUUGACCACGCCAACUGCGACAUUGCCGACCUCCGCACGCAGCACACGGACUACUCGUCGUCGUACCAGACGAUCGCGUGCCUCUACAAGAUCUUUUCGCUCAAGUGCGACUGCAUGGAAGCCGUCCUCUCGUGCUACUCGGUGUCGUCGCACUACGCGUCGUCGCUCUCCAAGGUCAUUGGCCAAGCCGCCUCGAUCCUCUGCGGCUUUGUGCUCUGCCAGCGCCCCAACGUCUACGCACUCUUUGGCGACGAGUACGCGAUCGACCGCGCGUCGCUCAUGCGCCAGCUGCUCACGUCCGCGGGCAUCUUCAGCGCCGGCGAAGUGUCGCCCGCGGCCGCCGUUUUCCUCUCGUUUGGCCUUGGCAUGGUUGCGCUGGUCGUCGCAAAGAAGGUCGCGGCCACAAAGAAGGCCAAGACUGUCAACGUUGAAGAUGGGUACCACACACUCCUAUAAAGAAGACCGCAGGGAAGGCGUAUCUUUCCUUAGUACUAAACGAAACUUUAUUGUCUGAAUGUGAUCUUUAUGUAUACUAUACGCUCAUCUGUAUCUUAAGGCUCUGUAAACGCACGCGC